AUGUCGGGAUCUUCACUCAAGAGCCUCCGGAUAUUUGAAAAGAUCUGCGGCGAGCGAAACUUUCAGGACGUUGUGAUUGUCACAACGAUGUGGAACUCGCUGAAGACGAAGGAAGCGCAUGAUGCCGCAACGAUGCGUGAAAACAUGAUGGGGGAAAGACCUGAGUUCUUUGGAAACAUGAUAAGAGGUGGAGCUAGGAUGGAGCAAUACCAAGGCGAUACCUACAGCGGCAUCCGGAUUGUCGAGUCAUUAGCAGAUAGAUGGAGAACGGUCAGUCUGCAAUUGCAGCGCGAGAUGCGACGAGGCGUAGCAACAAAACUCGAAGACACGACAGCAGGAAGAUUUAUAGACGGUGAACUGGCCAAUGCACGCGAGAAGUACGAGACUCAAAAGCGGGAGCUAGAGCAAUGUGCGGAGGAGGCUGAGGAUGACGAGGACCUUAGAAGCGAGUUCUUCGAGCAAGCUGAAGACUUCACUCGCCUGGUCGACAACAUCGCAAUUGAUCAAAAGAGUCUUUCCGUCACACUCGAAGACAUGAGAAAUGAGCAGGUGGCAUCGUGUAGCAUAGGUCACAACGACCAGGCGGAGGAGACCGUGCAUGAGAACAACUCCGCGCGCAUUUUCGAGCUUGAGUAUGAGGUUCAAGGGCUGAAAAGAGUGAUAGAAGAGCAGCGUGUUGAAGGACUCCUUGCACACCGUGAAGGUAUCGAACGAAUCGAAGCGGCCAGGCAGGAAUUAGCAGAAGCCAAAGAACGAGACCUAGAUGUGCGAGAGAAGACAAAGGAGAGACGGCCAAAAGAGGUCCUUACGUGGAUGCGAGAGUUCUUGGCUGGAAGACCCGCUGGAGAUAUCAUACCACCACCACGUCGAGCCGACUCCAUGCCCAUAGAUCCAAAGGUCUCUAAGAAGACUGGCUCAAAAGCCUGGAAGCGGAGCCGGUCAAAGGGUCUCCAGAGUGGUAGACCGAAUAUCAAGCGCACAUCCUCGGAUGAUCACCCAAAACAGUCCUCCACUACUCCGCAAUACCUCCAGGAUCAACAGACCGACGAGCCUGGCUCCCUCGAUGUAUCAGAAAACGAGUAUGAGAGCGAUGUGGAAGACUCGGCGUCUCCAAUGUAUACGCCGUAUCACACUCAUUCGUAUACGCCUGUGGCCCCGUACGCACAUAACAGUUGCUAUCACGUCUUGCCUCACGAUGUGUCCAGCGAUCCUACUGGGAUGGUGCGUGUUCCACCACCACAGCCUCAGCCUCUGAUGCGAAGAAUUCCACAUUCUGCUGGUCCGCCAUACGGCCAGCAUGUUCUCAGAACCCCUUCACAUAACACUGGCCCGACCGGCGAUUCCAAUUACCGUUGA